AUGGAUUUCAGUAAGAUGUUACAGGGUGUUGGUAUUGGAGAUGUUGGGCAGUAUGUCCAGCAAUUUCGUCAAAAUGUUGAGGAAGAAACUGACGGGGAUGCUACACUAAGAAGUGGAAAUUCCAGCAAUUUUUUUCAAGGUGCACAAAAAGUGUUUGAAGCAUUCUCAGGUGGACGUGGAGGUGGAGGUGGAGGUGGUGGCGAAGGCGGUUUUCUUAAUAAUCUAAGAUUCGUGUCACCCUUCCUGGCACAGACUCUAUUUACACAGGUUGAUAGUAAUCAUAAUGGCGUCCUUGAUUUCACAGAUUUGUUGGCAUUAACAACUCUUUUGCAAAAAGUAGGUGGUCAAUUCGGUCAGUUUAGUGGUGGAGGUCGCGGAGCCAGUGGUGGAGGUUACGGAGCCAGUGGUGGAGGUCACGGAGCUAGUGGUGCUGGUUAUGAAGCUGGCGAUGGUGGUCACGAGAUUAUAGAUGACGAUGAAUGA